AUGCAAUCACCACAGCGAUUAUAUCCCGGACUGAAUACGAUUACAUCAGCUGCUACUGUAAGUCGUUAUUCACCUAUCGAAACUGGAGCUACAGCAACUGCUGCUGCAGCUGCAUAUCGUACCAGAAUGCCUAGUAAUUUUCAAACCAAUUCAAUUUUUGGCACUUUUGAUGAUACAUUAUUUCAAGCAAGAGCUGCUCAAGCCGCUCUUGCUGAAAUUGACGUUAAGAAUGUUAAUAUGGCUGCAAGUGGAAUGCUGCGACCCACUGAUAUGUUCACGUAG